AUGAAGAUUCGAACGAACACAAAUUGGAUUUACCAGCAAAUGCACAUAGUUUUUACAACUGAACUUUUUGAGCGACGUGUUUAUGAGGGGAGAGCAAUAUUCGAAGAUCCUCUGGAGAGUUUCGAAGCUGAAGAAAAUACUAAAGAAUAUGAAUUUUCUUCGGGUUUUCCGACUCCGAUCAGGAAAAAAUACUGCUAUGAAUCGAUUAACAGAUGUUGCUAUACAGCUUGUAACACAAAUACCUAA